AUGCGGAGGAGGGUAGCAUCCGGGGGGGGAGCAUACAUACAAAUAGGCUCCCAAGGUACAUACACACCACCGUUCCCUUUCGCCGACGUUCUCAGCAUCGACUACCCAGGUACGCUGCCAAAAGAAAAAUCGACAAUGAAGCCCGCGACUCUGGGUCGCGUCUUAGGCGCAGUGCUGACCGCCGCCACCUCGAUCGCUGCCGCCACCAUCGCCGAGAUCAACGGCAACAAGUUUGUGUCGCCGCUGAACGGGCAAAACGUCACCAACGUCACCGGCCUCGUUACGGCGUCCAACGACAAUGGCAUCUGGCUCCGCUCGCUGCAGCCGGAUGACGAUGCGCGCACCUCGGAGGGUCUCUACGUCUUUGGCAAAAACAUCAUCAGCAGCGUCAAGGUCGGCGACUUGAUCUCGCUCGACGGCCGCAUCGAGAUGUACAGAUCCAACAAAAACUACAUUCAGCUCACCGAGCUCAGCCGUCCCACCAACGUCGUCGUUCGCUCUAGCGGCAACCCGGUCAAGCCUCUUGUCAUUGCUGUCGACACGCUCUCGCCCCCGACGCAGGACUACUCCGGCCUCGAUGUCGGUGGCAUCUUUGGUGUUCCCAAUGCUGUUAAUCUCGUCUCCGAGUCCAACCCCACCCUCGACCCGACCAAGUACGGCCUCGACUUUUGGCAGAGUCUGCUCGGCGAGCUCGUCACCGUCAAGGGCGCGUACCAGACUAGCCGUCCCAACCGCUUCGGCGAUGUCUGGGUGCGCGGCAACUGGAACGCGACGGGCGUCAAUGCUCACGGCGGCAUCACCAUGCUUGAAGGAGAUGCCAACCCCGAGACAAUCACCAUUGGCUCGCCCCUCGAUGGCUCGCAGAACCCCAACAACACCAAGCUCGGCGAUUACCUUGGCGACGUGACCGGCGUCGUCUACAACGCCUUUGGCUUUUACCGCCUGCUUCCGCUUACCGCCAUCGCCCCCGUUGUCGAGGCUAGCACCGAGUUCCCUCCCAUUGCUUUUAACAGCACGGGCAACUGCAAAGGCGUCACCGUCGCCUCGUACAACGCAGAGAACCUGGCCCCCGACUCGGCCCAUCUGCCCCGGGUUGUCGACCAGAUUGUCCACAAGCUCCGACUCCCCGAUCUCAUCUUCCUGCAAGAGGUCCAGGACGACUCCGGUCCCACCAACGACGGUGUCACGUCGGCCAGCCUCACGCUCGGAACUUUGACGGAUGCCUUGCAAAAGGAGUCUGGCGUGGCUUACAACUUUACCAAUGUCGAUCCCGUCAACAACCAGGAUGGAGGUCAGCCCGGUGGCAACAUUCGCCAGGCGUACCUAUACCGCGUUGAUGUUCUUGACCUCUACCAGCCCAAACAGGGCGGCAGCACCGACGCCAACCAGGUCCUCGACGGCCCGGCGCUCAAGUACAACCCCGGCCGCAUCGACCCCAGCAACACGGCGUACGACAAUAGCCGCAAGCCCCUCGCCGCGCAGUGGAAGGCCAAGAAGGGCGGCAAAGUCUUCUUCACCGUCAAUGUGCACAUGGGUAGCAAGGGCGGCUCGUCCACGCUCCACGGCGACCAGCGCCCUCCUGUGAACAAGGGCGUUGAGAAGCGCACCACUCAAAACGAAGCUGCUGCUUCUUUUAUUGCGGAUAUCCUCGCCAAGGACCCCAAGGCACGUGUUAUUGCCGCCGGCGACUUUAACGAGUUCGCCCAGGUCCAGCCCAUGCGCGUCUUUGCCGACAAGUCGGGCCUGGCCAACAUGGACGACAUUGUCGGCACGCCGCCUGCGGAGCGCUACAGCUACCUCUUUGACAUGAACUGCCAGACCCUAGACCACAUGUACGCCAGCAACGCCCUGCGCAAGAAUGCCAAGUUUGAGCACCUGCACCUCAACACCUGGCAGGACGACGCGGGCCAGGUCAGCGACCACGACCCGAGCGUUGGGCAGUUUAACGUCUGCGGCUGCGCUUGA